CCAUACAUAAUCUACUCUCUUAAAUUGUUGCAUCCCUUUGAAUUUUCAAGAAGACACAAACAAAACAAAAAAACACGGAAAAAAUUGUAUCUAUUUAGCCGUAAAAAAUGUAAAUUAAUCACUUUCCAUCCAAAGCCCACAAAAUUAAUGCUGGCCCCGAUAACAGAAAGCCCAUGUUCUCCUAGUGCUACAAUUCCGUAUCCAUGACUGAAACUAGAUAACGCAACAGAGUAUAAAGAGGCGGUAAAAGAACAGUCGCUGAUAGAGACAUAGAGUGAACCGUCAAUCUUCUUCUCUGUGAAAAAAAAAAAGGAGAGUAAAACCCUAAGCUUGGUCUCAUGGCUUCCACCGCGAUCCAGCGACAGCUUGAGGACGCUGGAAAUAGGCUCGCUGAACCUCUUUCUUCGGUCGAUGAACUUCUUCCCCUGCUCGAUGCAAUGGAGAGUUAUCUGGCCAAGUUGGAGCAGUCACCAACAGAUUCAACGCAAAGGGCACUGGCUCCAGCACAAAAUGCACUGGUCACAGACCAGCUCUUGAGGCAUCCAGAUGCGGAUGUCAGAGUGGCAGUGGCUGCAUGCAUCAGUGAAAUUCUGAGGAUAACUGCACCAACUGUUCCUUAUGACGACGAGCAGAUGGUAGAUGUGCUGGAGCUGAUAGUGUCUUCGUUCGAUAACCUGGAGGACACAACGAAUCGAUCGUAUUCCAAAACGGUUGUCAUGCUCGAGAGCAUGGCCAGAGUCAGGGCAUGUGUGCUGAUGCUGGACUUGCAAUGCGAUGCACUGAUUACAGACAUGUUCCACAAGUUCUUCAACACUGUCAGGGACUACCAUCCAGAGAAUGUCGUUUCUGCCAUGGAGACCAUUAUGACGCUUGUCAUCCAAGAAAGUGAGGAUAAUGUGCCGCUGGAGACCAUUACAACCCUUUUGGAUAGUGUCAAUAAGGGGAAUGAGGAAGUGUCGGCUGUUGCUCGCAAGAUGGCAAGGAGAGUUAUUCAAGCCUGUUGUUCGACGGUGAGUGCUGCUUCGACAUCACCGGCUUCUUCGCCGGCGGAUGGUGGUAUGGAAGACAAUAAUGGUGGUCCAGCAGUUGAAAAGGAGGCAAGCAGCAGUGGUAGUACUGGAUCCUGGCUUGGAAGUAGAUUCCAAUGGCUUUUCAGGUGAUGCAUGUGUAGCGUAACAUAUGCUGGGUCUAUAUUAUAUAUUAGUGCUGGUGAAACUAGAAUGCAAAUCUCGGAACAGUGAUCUAGAUGAAAUUUCUUUCUACUUUUACAUUAAGUGUUGCAUGGAUUCUUGGUAAUAAUGUGGUUCCUUUAUUAUAUACGUGGAUUCUUGGUGAAAUACUGAAAUGUGAAUGGUGGUUUUGUAAUUUAUUAGUUACAUUAUGUUGUACUGCUAUCUAGAUGUUAUUGUGGACGUGGCUUUGCUAAUUGGGCUUUCAUAUCGUGACAUAAGAAAACAUGCAAUUUUUU